AUGUGGUUCAACUUUGAUCCGACAAUACCUUUCUCGCAAAAUCCAUUCUUUAUUCCUCAAGAAAAGGCUAAAACUUCAAGUGGGUUUGCGAGUACUCUGCUAAGUAACGUGAGAAAUAAAGUUAAAGAUGGAAAAUAUUAUGAGACUAGAGAGUUUUGGAAGCAACCUGAUAGGAUGGGGUACAAGCCCUGUUUGGAUUUCAAUGAAAAAUACAGAAAGGAUAGUGGCGAGACUAUUAAGGGCAAAACAAAAUAUCUAAUGCGAGUAGUUUCUAGUGGGAUGAAUCAACAGAGGAAUCAUAUUGUUGAUGCUGUUGUGAUUGCUAGAAUUCUUGAUGCUGCUCAUGUUAUGUCCAUUUUUGAAUUUUCCGAUAUGUUUGACUUGGAUCAUUUCAAAAAUGUUUUGGCAAAUGAUGUCCGAAUAGUGUCAUCGCUGCCCUCUACGCAUUUGAUCGCAAGGCCAGUUGAGGAGAAAAGAACUCCACUUCAUGUUUCUCCCGAGUGGAUUCGCUCUCGUUAUCUUAAGUGGCUUAGGAGGGAUGGCGUAUUACUUUUACGUGGUCUAGAUUCAAGGCUUUCUAAGGAUCUUCGGUGCAAGGUUGCUUUUCAUGCAUUGAGAUUUGCCCCACAUAUCUCAGAAUUUGGUAACAAGCUUACAAAGAGGAUGAGAACUGAGGGACCGCGUCUUGCGCUACAUCUGCAAAUGGAGAAGGAUGUAUGGGUGAGGACAGGAUGUGUUCCGGGUCUAACCCCCGAGUAUGAUGAGAUGAUAAAUAAUGAGAGGAAGAAAUGGCCGGAGCUUUUGACUUCAAAAUCCAACAUGACCUAUCAUGACAGAAAACUUGCAGGCCUCUCUGCCCCUUAA